AUGAAGAGACUAUCGUCAGUGUCAUUGCUGUCCUGGUGGGGUAUCGCGCGAGGUGCACAGGAGGUAUUUCAAGCUGCGCCGCCUCCCCGCACGAGCUUCAGCGACCCAGCAUGCCAGCAGACAAUCUUCCAGCACGACUAUGGCAACAGCUACGGCGCCCCCUAUGUCGGGCCCUACUCCCCGCCCAGCGACUGCAACUUCACCACGACCAUCUUCAAUAUGAGUGUCGUCUCCAGCGGCCGGCAAUACGACCGACUCGCGACGCUGUGGGUCGGCGACAUCGAGGUCUGGCGCACGUCGACCGCGAUGCCGUCGCAGUCGGGGAUCCACUGGUCGUUUCAGAAGGACAUGACGGUAUGGGAUGCGCUGCUCCGGACGGACGCAAAGAUAAUCUUUGAGCUUAAUAAUGUCAUUGAUGGCGAUCGGUACACCGGCUUCUUUAAUGUGACGCUGGAGGCACUGUACUUCGACGAUGUGUAUGAGGCGGGGUGCCACCCGGCGGAGCAGAUCUUGCCCAUCUCAACACUUUCGUCGUCCAAAAACAUGACCUCGGUCUUCACUCUGCCUGGUGACAGUGGCGCAGUCGACCUGACGUUUCCGAGGAACACGAAGACGGCCGUCGUCUCGAUCAUGGCGUCUGGGAAUGGCGCUGAGGCGUUCUGGUUCACGAAUGUGCCGACUGAAUAUGUCAAUACGUUCCCAACUAACGAGGGCUGGCUGUACGGAUACAGCCCCUUUCGCGAGGUGCAGCUGCUCAUUGACGGCCGGCUUGCAGGUGUCUCGUGGCCCUUCCCAAUCCUCUUUACCGGCGGGGUGGAUCCGGGAGCAUGGCGGCCCAUUGUUGGCAUAGACGCUUUCGAGCUGCCUUCGUUUGAGAUAGACGUGACGCCUUGGAUGGGGCUAUUGACCGAUGAACUGCCGCACACUUUUCAACUUCAAGUUGUUGGGUUCGACACCUCAGUCCCGGGCGGGGUCGGCCCUGUCGGGGACAACUGGUGGGCUUCUGGUUCUGUGUUUGUCUGGAUCGACGACACAGUUGAGCAGACGACAGCAACAGAAGUCAUCAGCGACACGCCUGCACCCCUGUUCGACUUCCAACCCAAAGUUGGGACUUACCUCGCCAAUAACGGUACUGUUACUAAUACGUCUUUAUACUUCGCAUUGACUGCAAACCGAAGCCUCACGAUAUCAUCCACGAUCACAAGUGGCGGAGAAAGUCGCGGGGUAUCCUGGGUCCAGGCCAUCUCAUAUUCCAACAUCCAGAACAUGACCGACCUCGCAUUCAACCAAUCCUUAGCCAUGGUCACCUCAGGAAGCCAUUCCAGCUCGGCUUCUGACAUCAUCUCGCGCUACACGUACCCGAUGAACCUCUUCAGCGCCUACGUCGUGCAGUCCACAGGCGCGACCUCGAAUCCGGGAUCGGUCUUCUGCAUGGUCGACCGGAGCAAGGUUGUUGACGGUGUCUCUACGUUGCCGCUGCUUACUGGCACAUCAUCAUCCUCUGAGAGCUUGAAGACUAGGCAGAAUGUAACUUCUGACUACCAUUGGAACUCGACCAUCGUGGAGGGCACUGCAGGUCUGGACACUAUGGAUGGGGAGGUCUGGUUGUCUUACUCUGGUGCUCCGGGGGCCAGUUCGGGGGUGACUGGUUAUCACCGUUACGCGAAGGAGAAGAACGACAAUGUGAUAGCAGACGAGGAAGGGUGGUUUGAGAUACCUGUUCCGAGCACGGAACCAUUGCCAGUCGUGCAAGGGGAGCCGGAAAACAAGAGCAAAUACUACAUCGAAUGGACCCCAUCUGACCCAUUAUCUAUACCCUUCCCUGGCUAUACCCGCCAAGCCCGGCUCAAAGAUCCACAAAUUCUCCGCCGUCCCGGUGGCACGGCAUCGUGGCCGGACCUCGGGACUAUUCAGGCCCAGAGGUUUCUAGUGCAGCUACGAAUCAGGCCAUCGUGGGUCACAUCGUAUCCACCACAAUCGCAGCGCCUCAGCUCGAGUCGCGACAAUGUCAUCGAUAACAACAGCCAUCCCAACCGGCGCCAUCGGACCUGGUGUCUCGGUCCGGCCCCAACGGAACACACGCACUACCAAUGCGCCAACGACACCGCCGGCACCGCCGCAUCCGACUUUCAGACAAUCUGCUGCAACGGCGACAUCGUCAACGUCGCCAAGCCCAUCUGGUGGCCGCAGGCGCUGGAAGACAGGAGCGUCUACCUCGCCGACAUGGUCUGCUGCCAGGGCUCCGUCCGCGGCGUCGCCACGACACAGACGGAGUGCAACGGCGGACAGCGCCCGACGCCGCUGGCUAGUCUGGCAAAUACUAAUACGGAUAAUGCGGCGUCGACGCCGACGGGCGGGCUGUUUUUGGGCGUAUACGGCGAGUGGGGUGGGGAUGGCGGAGGUCACGCUGCCGGCGGCGGAUGUUGCGGCGGCGGUGGCGGUGACAACGGCGGUGACGACUACGGAUGUGCUUGGGGAUCUGUUUACGGUUACGCCGGACGCGAAGACGGCUACUUCAUCGACGACGAGUUCAUCGACGGGUCCCGCCGCAACUGGGAAUGGAACUACAUCACAGAGUCCCACGCCCAGUGCGACAGCGACGGCUUCUACGCCAUCAUCAUCGGGGGCCACGAAUGUUCGUAA